AUGCGAUUCGCAAACACUCUUUUGGUGGGGCUCGCGAUUUGCAGGCUGAGUGCCGGUAAGAAAUGCUCGCAAAAUGACAUAUUGAGGAAGUACAAUAUCGAUGAAAACGGGGUAUUGUAUGAGAAAGAGACGAGUACACCGCCCAGUAUCACCAAAGAAAGUUGGUGGAUCAAUGUUUGCUCGGAUAACGAGCAAGAUGCGCCCGAGAAUUGCAAGAGCGAUGACGUUGUCUGCGGACAGACGUUCGUGUCGUUUCCGGACGACAAGGAGCAAACUUUAACACAGCUGGUGGAAUUCUCGUCAGAAGCUGGCGCUCGCAUGAGAGAGAACGACCAGAACCAAUUGACUAUCGAGUUUGGAGAUGUGAAGUGGGGUCAACAGGCAAUAAGUGCGAAACUUACGUAUACGUGCGAUUCUGACGCUGAUAGUGACUCCGUGGUAGGGGCGGUUUGGAAGGACAAACAGGUCAACUUUGAUAUCAAGGGUCCCUCGGGGUGUUUGAAGAAACGCGAAGACAAUGGAGACGACAGCGACGACGGUGACGGUGACAACGGCAGAGACGACAGAAAACCCAAGAAGAGUUCCGGAUUUGGUACUUGGCUUUUCUCGCUCAUAGUUUACGCGUUAUUGUUCACUCUAAUAUACUUACUGGCUACUUCGUACCUCAGUACGCGCGGCGGGACUUUCCACGAUUUCCGCGAGGAAUUCGCAGAGCGGGCCAUAGGCUUCGCGUCCUCAGUGCCUCAGUUCCUCAAAGAAGUAAUCUCGCGUAUAAUGGGUAGAGGUGCUCCUCAUCAAAGAGGUGGUUACAGCGCAGUGUAA